AUGCUAACUUUGGUAAAUGCGGCGAAGGAGAUAGUUGAAGCAGUGGUUGAGAGGGAAGAUUGGGGAAUGGUGCUUGAAGAGGCGGAGAUGGAUCCGGUGAAUCCAAAGAAUCCGACAGCUCUAGAGGAUGAAGAAGGAUCGGCACCGCCAAAGGGAUCAACCACCGAAGAUGGGGAAGUGUCUUGUACUGAGCGAGUGGACUCGCCGUCACGGAGAGAGGAGGCUGGAGAACAAACAUCGGUACAGCCUCAGGCAACGAGAAGAGCAUGA